AAAUCAGUGCAAAAGACCCAGCCACAGAGAACAAGCCACUUCUCUGCUUUCUGAAUUUUCCAGAUGCUUGCCAAUUAUCUGUAGUACCGUGGGAGUGCUUCUUACUCAUACAUGAUAAUAGAACCCACCACUCUGUGAUCUGCAGUGAAGGACAGCAUUCAAGGGAAGGGUUUAUUAAUGAAAUAUGAUGGUGUACGUAGAUUUGAUCUUCCUAUCUACCUUCCUCUCGGUUUCCAUGACAACUGAACUAUUUGAUGCAAUGGAAGGGGAGGCUUUAGUUAUAAAAUGUCCCAAACGGAGUUCAUCUGUGAAAGUCACCUGGUAUCACAUGGAUACUAACAAAAUAAUUCCUGCAGAAGAGGAGGGAUCACGAAUAUUUUCCUUAGAACGAUUUCUUUGGUUUCUGCCAACUUCUAGAGAGGAUUCUGGAAACUACACUUGUGUAACAUAUCUUUCAAGAAAUCGCACAAAGUCAUUCAACGUGAGUGUGCAAGUGCAUUCAUACAAGCAAGCAAUAUGUUUCCCAAGUCAGAUUCGUUACCCAAAUGACACUGGAAGAGGAAAAAUUGUUUGUCCUACCAUUGAUAACUAUAAGAAUGCUACUAUCAUCCAGUGGUAUAAGGACUGCAAACCUGUUCAGGGACAGAGAUACUUCAAGGAAGGAAAAUACAUUUAUAUUGAGAACCCAACAAGGGAAGAUGAUGGUUAUUAUACUUGUCAAUUUAUUUAUACUUAUAAAGGAAAUGUAUUUAAUGCCUCAGCAACAAGAAUUUUCAUAAGUGAGGUAAAACACUCACCUCUACCUCCUCAAAUCUUAUUUCCAAAGAAUAAAGGAGUAAUAGAAGUGGAGCUUGGUACUGCUUUGUCUCUGAAAUGUCAGGCCCUCCUGGGGAUUAAGAAACAGCCAAUAUCUGCUGUCAGAUGGGAUGUGAAUAACAUCCCAGCGAAACACUGUGAUUUUACAAGAUUUCAUGAAGAAACACAUUUUUUUGAAGGACGUGAGCAAGAAUACUAUGAAGAGACCACUUUGAAUAUAACUGAAGUAAAAAAGGAGGAUCUGCAGUCGAAUUUCACUUGUAUAGCACUGAACACAAUGCACAACACAAGAGUCACAGUGACGUUAGAACUCAAAACACAGUUUGAGGCAUUUUCCAAUCUGCUGCCUCUUCUGCAGAGGAAAGUAAGACUGACUCUUCAGCCUCCUGUAAGAUGCACCUCCACAAGUGCUGUGGUUCUUUGUAAUGUCCUCUUGAUCACAGGAUCUCUAGUUCUGCUAAUUGCAAUAGCAGUCUCGGUUAUACUUUAUCAGUCCUUCCGAGUUGAUAUUGUCCUAUUGUAUCGGGAGAUAUUUCAGCCCUCCUCCGUCAAGGAUGAUGGGAAGACAUAUGAUGCAUAUGUUAUCUACCCCAAAAAUCACACCAAUGAAGCUAAUUUUGUGGAAUACUUUGUUUACCAAAUCAUGCCAGAAAUUCUAGAAAAUAAAUGUGGAUAUAAAUUGUGUAUUUAUGGGAGAGAUAUAUAUCCUGGAGAAGAUACAGCCAGUGCAAUUGAGAAGAGGAUGCAGAGCAGCAGACGGCUGAUCAUCCUUCUAACACACCAGCUGGUUAACUGUAAAGAACAUACCUAUGAUCAACACAUUGCUUUAUACAAUGCCCUCAUUCAAAAUGACACAAAGGUGAUCCUUCUGGAAAUGGAGAGAAUUGGGACUUACGGGAAGCUUCAGGAAUCUCUUAGGUUUCUUAUUAAGCAACAAGGUACCAUCAAAUGGAAAGAGCAACACACUGUGCACCCACAGUCACCCAGUUCUAAGUUCUGGAAACAGGUGAGGUACCACAUGCCACCGACACUCAAGUCCUCACACGCAGAUAACACUGGGUGAACAGUCUAUGAAAAUACUGCUAAACUCUCAGAAUGGACUACAUGCCUGCAAUUGUUUUUCCUCUCAGAAGGUACGUAAUGUUACAGUCUGGAAGUCUGGCUGUGGUUU